AAAUUCGCGAUAAGGCCUGUUACACAAUAUAAUUUUUUUUGUUACUUAGUUGCAUGUGUGAUUACAUAGUUAGUGUACCUAUUAGAACGCAUUUUAAAAAUUUGAUCGUCCUAUAACAUUGUUUAAAAAGUAAUAUUUUUCGUUAGUGAUAAAGAUGGUUUAGUGGUGUAACAUGUUUAUGUUUGAACUGUCACGAAAAGAUAGAACUCGAAGAUUACCUACCAUUUUUACUUUCGAGAUAAUUCCAAGUUGAAUUCGUUUUUUUUUAUAGCUUUCGUGCAACAUGAAGUUUAUAUUUUUAUAUCAACACGUGACGAGCAUUUAGUUUUAAUAUUUUUUUCUUUGUUUGGUGAAAUUAAAAUUAAUUUCAAUGAAUCAAACCUCGUCAACUUCCACCGCGUCCACGUCUUACAGUUCGUCUCAAAACGAUGAAAUUCUACCCUUGAUUAUGUCUUUUAAGCCAGCAUACGGUAGCACAUUUCGUUAUUCUUCUUUGAAAUCUGUACUGAGUAAUCGUCAAAAGAAUUUAAUCCGGUCAGACUCAAUGGUAUCUGUAAGCUACAAGACCCUCGUCGAAUAUAUUCACGAAGACAAUUACGAUGAUUUCUGCACCUUCUUGAACAAUAAACGAGUCAUCGUCGACGACAGAGAUGAGAACGGAGCCACUGCGUUACAUUUCGCUUCAUCUUGCGGAAAAUUACGUUUUGUUCGUGAACUUUUGAAUCAUGGCGCAGAUCCUAAUAUUCCAGACUGUGAUAACUGGUGCCCAUUGGGUUUGGCAGCGAAGGAAGGUUUCACCGAUGUUUGUCUGGCGUUAAUCGACCAUAAUGCUGAAUUAGAACAUAAAGAUAUCGGUUCAUGGACGGCGCUCAUAUGGGCUUGUUAUAAAGGGAGGGAAGAUACCGUAACCGCAUUGGUGAAUAGAGGAGCCGAUGUGAAUGCCAGCGGAGUUCAUCAUGUAACCGCUUUAAUGUGGGCCACUGGACGAGGCCAUACAAAUAUCGCCAAAUUUUUAGUAUCAAAAGGCGCCAAAGUUACCAUGAGAGAUAAAUUCGGAACUACUGCGUUAAUAUGGGCUGCUAGAAAAGGAGAUUUAGAAGCUGCGAAAUGUUAUUUAGAACGUGGUGCUAAUAUCGAUGCUUCCGGAAUGUAUUGCUGGACACCUUUGAUUGUGGCUGCGAUGGGAAACCAUGUCGAAGUAGUGGAGUUUCUGAUCGAACGCAAAGCGAAUGUUAAUUGUACUGAUAAAGAUGGCUGUUCUGCGUUAACUAUCGCUUGUCGAGAAGGUUACUACGAUGUCGCGAUUGCAUUGUUGGAUGCAGGAGCUUAUAUUAAUAUUCAGGAUAAAACGAGAGAUUCAAAUCUCAUUUAUGCUGUCAAAAAUGGCCAUCGUUCGAUUACCGAAGCUCUCUUGAAGAGAUAUGCAGAUGUUAAUAUUGUGGGAAAAGACAACAAAACUGCAGUUUUUUAUGCCGUUGAGAAAGGAAAUCACGCUAUCUUGAAAUUAUUGUUGGAUGCGAAACCGGAUUUAGAAAUUCCUGCCAAAGAUGGCGACACACCAAUGUUACGUGCGGUUAGAUACCAUAAUUAUCAAGCAGUGAAAAUGUUACAAGAAGCGGGAGCCAAAGUUGAUGUUCGAGAUAAAAGAGGCGACAAUCCUUUACAUAUAGCGAUUAGAGCUAGAUCGAAAACAAUUACGGAAUUAUUAAUCAGCGAUGUAAGAAACGCUCAUCUGCUCAAUUGUCCUAAUAGCGUUGGAGAAACCCCUUAUCAAAUCGAUUACGAUGACGAGAAACCGGUGAUGCAUCAAAUAUACGGUGCUAGAGCGAUGAACUCGAAUGCCGAAAAUGAAAACAGUCUAGGGUACGAUUUAUAUAGCUGCGCUUUGGCUGCCAUUCUCAGCGAGCCGGAUAUAUCGAUGCCGAUUACAAUCGGUCUUUAUGCCAAAUGGGGUAGCGGAAAGUCUUUCUUAUUGAAUAAAGUAAAAGAGGAAUUGAAGAAUUUUAGUCGACAAUGGUUGUUUCCGAUGUUUGAAUUUCAAUGGCUUUUGUCUAUUAUCAUUAUGCAUCUAACUUUUUUUAUGGGAAUAGCAACAUUUUUAAUUACCAAAGAGUGGAUUUACGGAGUUUAUGCGUUUUCAUGCACCACAUUAUUUUUUUAUUGCUGGUUACUAUUGAUUUAUUAUUUUGGAACCAAGAUUAAUUUUUUAUACACGAUUAAUUUAAUGAUAACGCAAAAAAUGAACUGCAUUAGGUUAAUAUUGCAAAUAAUCUUCUGCCAUCCUCCAAAUCAAGCAUCCAGCCGGUCAUCGGCAGUUGUUCCUAUCAAGUAUUACUUCGCUAAUCAGUCCAAAGUUACUACUACAAGCGCAGGAGAGAAUACCGUAGUAAAUAUCAUAGGAUCGUUAUUCGAUGCCAUUGAAAACGACCAUGGGACUUUUCCUACCCGUCUUUAUCGAGCUUUCACUCCGAAACCAGCCAAAAGACAAGCAAGCUGGGCUUGGAGAAGAUUAUGUUGUAUUCCGAGCAUCGUAUUAUUCGAAUUGAAUUUAGUCAGUAUUAUUUUACUCGGUAUUACGUUGUUUUUGCAAAACGGCAUAGAAAUUUUUGGAGAAUUUUACACGGAAACAACAAGAAAUGCCGCAAUAGCAGCUUGUGCCGUAUUCAUAGCGUUUUGCGUUGUCUCAAAUAUGUACACCUUUGCUCACACUUUCAAAGCUCUGAUGUUCCCUCAACGAAAACAUUUACAAAAAGCUGUCGCCAAUUUACCAAAUAUAAAAUCAGCCGGUUUCAUGGAAGCUCUCAAAGCCGAAGUUCAAUUAAUGAUUAAUAUGAUACGUUGCUUAGACGGAUUUUCGAAGCAGCAGUCUCGUAUGGUUGUGAUAAUUGAUGGCUUGGAUAGCUGCGAACAAGAUAAAGUAUUGAUGGUAUUAGAUACUGUGAAUGUGUUGUUUUCAGAAGCUGAUACUCCUUUCAUUACUUUCCUGUCAAUCGAUCCUUUUAUCAUUUCUAAGAUGAUUGAAGUGAACAGUCGUAAAUUACUAAGCGAAACCAAUAUCGGAGGCCAUGACUAUUUACGAAACCUCGUCCAGUUACCAUUUUACUUGCAAAAUUCUAGCUUAAGGAAAGUUAAAAUUGCUCAAAAAUGUAGUCAUUAUCAAAGGAAAAGUUUUUCAAAUCAGAUGCUCGAACGAUCCGACGAUCAUGUAGUUAAUAGAAGAAUGUCCAACGAAUCUGGUGUCAGCAGUAAUGAAAAAUUGAAAGUACCUUCCAGCGGCGCUGGCUUAUCAGCGCUCUCUCGAAAUGCCAAAGGCGGUUCGAGAAAGUUGAAGCUUAGUGAUAGUGUGGCCAGUAGCAUCGCUAGUAAUUUGAAUAGAAUGGGAGGUGCUCAAGAUCUUACCCAUAUGCUCUGCUCUGAUGAUUACUUCAGUGAAAUUAAUCCAAGAAGUAUGAGAAGACUGAUGAACGUAGCCUGUGUGACAGGACGUUUGUUGAAAUCGUUUCAAAUUGAUUUCAACUGGUAUCAUCUAGCUUCUUGGGUCAAUAUCACCGAACAGUGGCCAUACAGAACAACUUGCAUUAUUUUAUAUCACGACGCCCACGAAGACAGUUUAGACGAUUCUGUACCUUUGAAAACUGUCUACGAUAAGAUUCGAAAUCAAUUGCCCAUCUCUAAAGAAGUGGAACCUUUAUUGGAAUUCGACAGAGAUGAGAAAAAAUUCAAUAUAUUUUUAAAAUAUCAUCGAUCCAGCUUACAAGUGGCCAAUCUGAGAAUAUUUUUACCAUUUACAAUAAAUCUCGACCCACAUAUCAAAAAAGUAAUCAAAGAGAAACAACAGAAAUUCGAAGAUACGACGAUGAUGGCGUACAAUGGCGGCGGUGAUUUUGGAUUACCGUGGUUGACCGAUAAUAAUACUCAAAGUCAACCGGUGCUAAACGAUAAUCCUUGGUGUAAUAUGAGAAAACCGCCUUUUAUGCGACGUGAACCACGUGUACCGUAUAAACCAACAAUAAAUUCUGUGCUACAUCAACCCUCCAUACCUCAACCUUUUAUGCCAACACCUUCUCCUUGGAGUGGUAUUAAUCCUGCGAUGCCUGCACCUUAUGUGAAUCCGAUUAACCCAACCGGUUGGAUGUUUGAUCCAGUGCCCAAGUCUUACUGUGCUCCUAUUGCUUCUUCGUUUAUAAUGGACAAGGAGGAUUUAUCGAAUGUGAAAUUAGUAACAUUGAGUGUCGACGGCGCAUGCGAUCUGUUGAAAAAUAUGAAAGAGUUGCAGAAUAGUCCGCACUUGGAAAAAUAUAUAGCAACUAUCAGAAAAAAUAAUAUUACCGGUUCCGUAUUAUUUUACUGCGAUUUAGAUGAUUUGAAAAAGACCAUGGAUAUGACGUUCGGAGAUUGGGAGUUAUUCAAAGUAUUAAUAUUAAGUUUAAGAGAACAACAAUUCUUGCAUCCUGAUCCCGAAGACACAAAAAAUGUAAAAUUUCAUCAAAACGUUCAGCACCAACCUCCGAGCAGUGCUCUCGAAAGAAAAGGUUCACAUUCGAAAAGUACCACCGUACUGAAUCAGGAUCAAACUGAUAACAAAUCAAGACAAAACUCAAAACAAUCGGAAACUGAGAAACAAGUCACCAUGGAAGAUCAACUGAUUUGCGGAGCUUUGCAAACGUUAAACGAAGAAGCCUGUGAAGACGUACUCGAAGAAACCGAAGACACCAAACCAAAAGCGCCUAUUUUAACGUUACCUGAAAGCGACGCAGACUGGAAUGAAGAAGAUGAAGAAGAAGAACUCAAAGCGAUCGAAAAUGAAAAGAAAAUGAAUUUGGAAACGGAUGCCAUUGUUUUACAAAGCUCACCUGUUGGUCCAAGUUGGUCACCAGUUUGCACUAUUCAAAAUUGGUUCACUAACGAUAUUAUUAUUUCUAAUACAACUGAUUCGGCAUGUAGUACGCCUACUCUGAUUAGAAGAAAAUCCAGUGAUCGGGAAUCAUCUUGUGCUAGUAAAUGCAGACCAUCAUCUUUGCUAAUAGCCAAACCCGAAGAUAUGGAAGAGAUAUUGACCCUCGAUGAGAGAAAAGCUGCUCAUGCUUCGGUUAUAAGAUCGUGCUCUGUGGACGAUACCAAUUUAAGGCGAGGAACGUACACCAAUUUACUCGUUGAUAACAACGAUAAACCGCAGAGUUCAUUAGCUGCGCCAUUAAAUGGUACUAUGCCAGUUUUAACCAUCACACCAGCUCUGAGUGGAUCUGUCGAUGACACCGAUGAUGAUGAGAACACUCCCUUAGUUUCUUAUACAUCUUCUCCUAACUGUGGUCCGUUUCGUAGCGAUAACAAAAGAGAAGUAAACACGAAGGCGUUAAGUUCUAUUGAUCUACAGUCUCCAUCAUCGGUUCCAAGUUCAGAAACCCAAGAAACUCAUUUUCAUUCUAGUACGGAUUCUUUGCAUAGGACAAAUCAGGAAACUUUUUGUUCAUUUUCAUACGUUAAUGAACGUAACUACAAAGGCAAUACGGUUGACAAUAAUGUGAAAAAAAUGUUCCGCACCAAUUCUUCCGGAAGUAUAAGUGAAGCUAAGUAUAAAUGGAGUGAUUCGGAAACUACGGUCUGAUAAAACUUACAUUUUAUUGAAAAAAAAACACGAUCGUGUUUCCGUUAUCACUUUUAAACAUAAAACGUACGUAUAAAAAAUAUAUUAUUAUUUAAAUUCGAAGAUGAUACGUAGGAUCGACGUUGAGUAGGUACUUAUUUGCAUUUUAAAAUUGAAUUUACUUUUAGCGUCCGUCGAAUUUGUGAUAAUGUGUACAGCUCUUCGCUGGAUAAAAUUUCAAAAAAAUCUCGUCUUCCUUUAUAAAUAAUUUAAUUCGAUUAUCCGCUUAUAAUGAAACAAUUUGCAGUACUCGCAGCUUAUUUUUCAUUUCACGCUCGAAUAAAUUUGAAAUAAAAACAUCACUUAACAGAGUAUACGAAAGCAUAUAAUUGGUGAGCAAUUUAUUUAUAUCCUUGGAUAAUUUUGUAAUCCGAUCAUACGUGUUAUAAAUAUUUUUAUUUGAAAAAAAAAAAAAAUUAUCACCGAAGUUUAUACUCAUCAUGUUUAACGGAUUAUCGCGUUUUAAUUUUUUAACCGUCGCCGAAAUCUGGACAAGAGAAUUUGUUAACUUAGUUUAAAUUUUAAUUUCAGGCUGUGUUAUAUUUUGUACCCUUGAAUUUUUUGACAAACGAGUAAUUUGCAUGUUUCGUGUGUGUAUUGUAUUGUAGUAAUGAAUUAAUUUUAUGUGUUUAUUGUUAUUUUCUAUUAUCGUAAAGUGCAGUAUUGUAAUUUUAGUAUUUUUAUUCGGUGUUUUAAACCGAUAGGUAUUUUAUUGUUAUCUAGUUUACCAUUUUAUUCAAUCACGUAUAAAUAAUUAUUCUUUUAUAGAGACUUGAUCAUAUCGGAAAUUAUUAUUGGUGAUUUUAUUCUUACGCAUAAUAUUGAUCUAUGUAGAUGGGUGACUUUUUUUUUGUGGAAAAUCUCGAUUUUUUGUGUGCAUCGAUCAUUGUGAUAUAGGUUAUUUUUUCAGUAUUGCGUUUGUAGAUUACGUUUGUGAAUUUACGUAUUUUCUUGUUCAACGACCAUUUAUAUAAUGUAUUGUGAAUUUUUUGCUGUCGAAAGAAUGUUUUUAUGAUUAAAAUGCGUAUAUUAUCUACUGGUGAA